GGUAGAAAAUCAAGCACUGAAAUAGAAAAGGUCCUGAAUUUAGGAAGAAGCGUCGGUUGAAGAGAGAGCCAUAAAAAACUGAGGCACAGCGCAUCGCUGCCUCUACCGUACCAUUGUAACAAACAUAUUUGAGAUUAUAAACCGAAAGCGUUGUAACGUCAAAGCAAAAGCAAAAAGAAAAUGGGAAGCAAAGCAAAUUUCUUCUGGCUAUUGGCGACGUGCAUGUGUAUUAUUGUAGCGCAUCACGAAGCCGGUGCUGCAGAACAAUUGCGAGGCAAAGCGCUAAUCCAGGAUGUCUGCAAGACUAGGGGAAACAGUGAACUGUGCAUGAAGGUGCUUUCAGCGGACCCAAGCAGCCCAAAUGCCACCCUAACGGACCUGGCAAUAAUAACGCUGAAGGCGGCGGCGGAAAACGCCAGCGGCAUAUUAGUGGACGCCAAGAAGAUGAUCGAUGACCCGAACUUGGAACCAGCAAUACAACAGGGGCUUGCUGAUUGCUCGGAGAAUCUCUUGGAUGCAGAAAGUCAAAUUCAAGACACUAUUGCUUCCGUUUUGUCUAACGAUAAGAUAGAUGCCCUAGUGUGGCUGAAGGCAGCCCUAGCUGCAAUUGACACAUGUGACGACUCCAUCCCCGGGGACGAUGACAUUCUCUCUAGAAGGAGUGUAAGCUUUCGCCAACUCUGCAACAUUGCCGUCGCCAUCAACAAGAGAAUGAUGGGCAUUGAAUCCUAGAUGCUACUUACAUCUCUGAAUCCUAUGUUGGUGUCUUUUUGUCUCCACGCUUUGCAAAUCCUAGAUGUUUUUGCUCCACAAGGUUAUUCAGCUUUUAGUUAGGUGGGUGAAGGAGACAAUUAACUAGCGUUCUCGUGCAUUCAAUAGGAACAUGCAGGCACCCACACAUACUGUGCUAGAAUAAGCCAACAUCCUUUUCAAUGUUUCUCC